AGGUAAUUAACGAACUCCCUUCUUUAGUAGAGUUACAUUUGUCUGGUUGCCAACUUGAUCCCAGUCCUCAUCUACUCGAUGUUAAUUUUACAUCUCUUGUCGUCCUAGACCUGUCAUUCAACUUCUUUGGCACUUCAACACCCAUACGCAGUUGGAUCUUUAGCCUUAGUAGCCUCGUUUCUCUUGAUCUAAGCUCGAGUUUUUUUGUAGGCAAGCUUGAAGGUUUCAGAGAAAAUGGAUUUGAAGGUCCAUUUCCAAAAGUUUUCCAGAACAUGACCAGUCUUGAAUAUCUUGAUCUAUCAAAUAAUGAACUUGAGGGUCCAUUUCCUGUGUUUUUGUCCAACAUGACCAGUCUUCAACAUCUUGAUCUAUCUAGUAAUAAACUAGAGGGAAGGCUACCAAAAUUCUUGGGAAAUCUUUGCAACUUGAGUUUUGUUGAUCUGUCAUUCAACAACUUUAGCGGGGAAUUGCUUAUAAGUUCAUCUAAAUAUGUAGUAUAUGCUUUGGAGACAUUGUUCUUGUCUGGGAAUCAUCUUUCUGGUCAUUUACCUGAUGAAUUUGAACAAUUUAAAAUUUUGCGAUAUUUUAAGCUCAGUGAUAAUUUGCUUUCUGGUUCCAUUCCAGCCACUAUAGGAAGAUUGGCAUCGUUAGAAAUAUUGGAAUUACAAAGAAAUCAACUAAAUGGAACUCUUCCCCAAAGUUUUGGGCAACUUUCAAAGUUGAAAACUCUUGAUGUGUCUAAUAAUUCGUUAGAAGGCAUUGUGUCAGAAGUUCACUUCACCAAUCUCAUCAAUCUGAGGAAAUUAUAUGCCUCUGGAAACCAGUUGACUUUAAAGGUGAGUCCUAACUGGAUCCCUCCUUUUCAACUUAAAGAAGUAAAACUUGCUUCAUGGCAUUUGGGCCCAAGGUUCCCCAUGUGGCUCCAAUCACAAAAGGGCCUUGAGUACCUUGACCUAGCCUACACUGGAAUAUUAGAUGCCAUACCAAUUUGGUUUUGGAACUUAUCUUCCUCCCUUUAUUUUCUAGAUCUCUCCCACAACCAAAUCCAUGGUGAGAUUCCAUAUCUUCUUGCUCCUCCUGAAGGCCAAAAUAUUUACUUGAAUUCCAACCGUUUUAACGGUCUUUUACCCCGUAUUUCUUCCAAUUUGAAUCACCUUGAUCUUUCCAGCAAUUCAUUUUCUGGGGAUAUCUCCCACUUCCUAUGUGAUAGGAAGGACAGACAAAAAAAUCUUUUAGUUCUUGAUUUAGGAGGAAACCUUCUGUCAGGUGAAAUUCCUGAUUGUUGGAUGAGUUGGCAAUCACUAAUAAUCAUAGAAAUGGGAAACAACAAUCUAACAGGGAAUAUCCCAAGAUCCAUGGGGCUUUUAGGACGUUUGCAGUGGUUACAUUUGCGCAGGAACCAUCUCUCUGGAGAAAUUUUUUCAUCUCUGCAAAAUUGUAUAAGUUUACGGGUGGUUGACCUCAGUGAGAAUGAGUUUCAAGGAAGCAUACCUACAUGGAUGGCGAAAAGGCUGCCACAUUUUAUUGUUCUUAUCCUUCGUUCCAAUAAGUUAGAUGACGUAAUACCUCCAGAACUUUGUCGCCUCUCCCAUCUUCAAGUCUUGGAUCUUGCUAACAACAAUUUGUCUGGUGCAAUACCAUGGUGUAUCAACAAUUUUACUGCCAUGGUAAGAAAAGAAAAACAAGUGCAUUCUAUUGCAAAUGAAAAUCUCAUGCCUGACAAUGAUAUGCCUCCUGCUGUUGUUGCUGCUUCUGCUCCCUUUGGUAGCAAAGAUUUCUCAGAGAAUGAAGUUUUGGUGACAAAAGGAAAUAUAAAUCAAUAUGACAAGAUUCUUUCUCUUGUGACUAGCUUAGACCUUUCGAACAACAUCAUAUCUGGAAAGAUCCCUGAGGAACUAACUAGUCUCCAAGGAUUGCGUUUUCUGAAUUUGUCUGGAAAUCACAUAACUGGUGUGAUUCCAAAGAAUAUAGGUAACAUGGGGUUGUUGGAAUCUCUUGAUUUAUCCAGAAACCAACUCUACGGUGAAAUUCCUCCAAGCAUGUCAGGUUUGAAUUUUUUAAGUUACUUGAAUUUGUCUUAUAAUAGCUUGUUCGGAAAAAUUCCAUCGGGUGCCCAACUCCAGAGCUUCCAUGCUUCUAGCUUCACCGGCAACAAGCUUUGUGGACCUCCACUCACAAAAAAUUGUAGCGAUAAUGGCAAAACACCUGAGGGGAAUGAAGGAGAUGACGAAGGUGCUAGAUCUGAAGUGGAUUGGUUUUAUGUGUUUAUGGCUUUAGGAUUUGCGGUUGGUUUUUGGGGCGUCUCUGCUCCAAUAUUGUUCGUUAAGUCAUGGAGGUAUGCAUAUUUUCGAUUUCUAGAUAAUGUCUGGACUAGACUUGUGUUGCUAUAUGUGAGUAAAUGUGUUUACAUUGUACAAGUCAUGUAGAAGUCUUCUGUUUGUGUCUUCUAAAUAUUAUGAAUAAAUUUGUUUUCUUGGAA